AAAAGAUUAUGGCGGUGACGGAAUUGAUUACAGCGAUUGGUUUAAGCCAGACCAUGGGUUUGAUACUGAUGUUGAAGCAAUUACUUGGGCUAAGAGUACAGCUAUAAAGAUUGGAUUUGAAUUAGUCCUUUCGUCACAUAAGAACGAGGGGAAAAAAAACUUCUGCGAUGUGCUCGGGGUGAGCGUUACAGAGGUUCAUUCACAGAUUCUGAUUCCUUCGUACGGAAAAAUACGAAGACAAAAGCGUGUCAGUGCAAAUUUAAAAUUAUUGUCAAAUUAGGAAAGACUACAUGGUUUAUACUUACAGAUCCUGGUAUUUCGAGUACACACAACCAUGCUUUAGCUGUGUAUCCUGAAGGAUACCGUCAGAUGAGUGGGCUGAGUGGCGAGGCGAAAGAAAUUGUGCGAGAUAUGAGUAAGGCACAAGCGAAGCCGUGUUCUAUUAUGGCAGCUUUAAAAGAAAAAGUACCAUCUGACAACCCUACAAUAAGGCAAGUGUACAACUAUAUAGAGACUUUGAGAAAGUCUAGCUUUGAGGGUAGAGAUGUGGUUGCGCAAUUUUAUCAUAUGGCUCAGCAAAAUGAUUAUGUACACUGGACUCUUGCUGAGGAGGAUACAGGUGUGGUGACCCAUAUUUUCAUGGCUCAUCCUGAUUCAGUGAGACUACUUCGUACGUACUACUGGAUCAUCGGCAUGGACUCCACGUACAAGACGAACAAGUAUAAGCUGCCUUUUUUUGAGAUUAUUGGAAUGACUCCUUGCAACAAGAACUUCAUAAUUGCAUAUGCAAUUAUGAAGGAUGAGACUGAAGGGAGCUACAGAUGGGUAUUGGAGAGACUGAGGUGCUUGAUUGGGGAACAUAUUCAUCCGAGCGCUAUUCUUACUGAUCGAGAAUUGGGGCUUAUCAGACCAGUGUCAGAGGUUUUCCCACGUUCUUCUCAUCUACUAUGUACGUGGCACAUAAAUAAGGAUGUAGAAGAUAGAGUGUACAGAAUCAGUGGGAAAAACCAAGAAUUUGCUGAAAUUUUCAAGAAUAGUACUUGGAAGAAAAUUAUCAGAGCGCCAACUUUUGAUCAAUAUAACAUGGCUGUGGAACACUUCAGAGAUCGGUUUAAAGGUUUUCCGGGGUUGAUACAGUAUAUUGAGGGGACUUGGCUGGGACACGGAGAGAAGUUUGUAUCUUGCUGGACGGACUUAGUCCUACAUUUUGGAAACACCACCACAUGUAGAGUCGAGAGCGCACAUGCUCAGCUUAAGCAGUGGCUCAACUCUAGCACCGGUGAUCUGGACACAGUCUGGACGAAGGUCGAUAAAGUUAUACAGUCGCAGUUGACAGAUAUCCGCAAAACACUUGAGGACUCCAGACGGACUAUCGGCGUCCAUCGACGGGGUUUUCCAUUUGAUAAGCUCUCAUGCCGAGUGUCGCAUUACUGUCUGGAUUUAAUAUCAAAAGAACUAAGGCGUAUGCGAGAAUUGAAUACCGAUGUCUAUGAUCGAUGUGGUUGCGUGGUUAGAUCAACACAUCAGAUCCCCUGUGCAUGUGAGCUGCGAGCUGUGGUCGAUUCAGGUAACCCGAUCAGCCUUGACAGUAUUCACCCGUUUUGGACGAAACUUGUUAUUCUCGGCGAUGGGUUGGACACAUCUGCCCAAGCCAAUUUUGCUGGUUUUCAGUCUGAGGAACAUCAGUAUUUUCACGAGGUCGCCGAGGAGGUCAUGACUAAGGAUCCUUCAGUGUUGCGUGAUAUUUCUCGUAUUGUUCGAGAGCGACUUCACCCCGAAGACUUAGGCUACAUGGAACCAGAAGUGAAAACAAAUGUCAGAGGUCGACCAAAGGGGAGCAAAUCAACGAAGCGGGAUCCGAGUCGUCAUGAGUACAAGGACCGUGUACGUGGUCGUCCUAAAUCUUCCCAAGGACAGAAAAAUCGUGCAUCCGCGUCAGCUGGUUUGCAAAAUGCGGAGGUUAUUCCAGGAUUCCUUUUACCAUUCGUUGACGAGCUUGUGGACGUGCUUGGGGACGGCAACUGUGGAUUUCGCGUGGUGGCAGACUACAUCUAUGGUAACGAGGAGAUGUGGGGAAUGACUAUAAUGAACAUUGCAAACGAACUCUUCGCCCACCCUUAUCGUUACGAGGGUGUUUGCAUUGAUGGGUUGCAAGCGGCCAUUACACGUAUUCGUUGGGAAGGGGGAGAGUGUGGCCCUCGCAACUGGAUGCAGGUAUUGGAUGACUUGUUCCCUAUUGCCACUAUCUUCAAUGCAGCUGUUAUUCAUAUACAAGGCGGGACGCUACAACAGACGUGGUUCUCUUCCUUUACUGUUCUGCCUUUACAUUCCUCUGAGGUUCACUCACGACCAUCGAAGGAGAUAGUGAUAUUGUAUAUUAGUGGACGCGCUCAUUUUGUUAGGUUGAAUUUACAGGAUAAUUUUCCUGUGCCACCAAUUCCCACCCUGUGGUUCCAGCACAGGGACCAUACUGUUCAGUCUUGGCAUACUUUAUAUGCUAAUAGGAGAGAGCAAUGGGAUAGUUUGAUAGGUAUGGUAGAUUGA